AUUUUGGAGUUGGUGUUUACAGUCAAAUUUACAAUGAAAUCAACACAGCAUACAGUAUCUCAACCGGAAUUGAAUAACUAUCUAGCAAUGCCCAUUGGAUUAGUUGGCGGAUGCAUUUGGUCAUUGCAACGAAGGAUUUAAUUGCAGUUAUACACGAUGAAUGGAUUUAUUCAGUUUUUAAACAGCAGUUACUAAAUUCAAAGCAAUUUGCACAUUCAGAUUUAUAGUUUUACUCAACAGUUAGUCAAUCAAAGUGUUUCAGUUAUGCUUGUUCAGACUGAUAAUAUGAAUCAAAACAAUAAAGAUGGUGAACCCCGAUCGAUCCAGGCUUCUGUUGAGAUCAAACAGUAUCCGAAGAAAAAGUCUGUCCGGAGCACCAAGCAUUCUCAUGCACCGCGAAGCAGUAAUCGUGCUCGUCAAAGAUCAUUAAACAGGAUGUUCUGUGGAUGCCUAGUUUCCGGAUCAGAAUGUGGUAAUAUUAUUGAGCAUCCUCCGCUGGACAACAAUCGACGACUUCUUCCUACUAGUGCUAUCCAAUCAAUGGAAUCUCUAAGCAUCUCAAAGAAUUCAGAUUCACAGUAUUUUAAGUCGUCCCAACUAUCCAAUGACUCAGGCUUAAUCAGGCUACAACCAGUUGUUAACUUACCUUCUUGUGCUCUUAUAACAGACGCAUUGCUUUCACAAACAAAACGGGCAAACACAGUCAAGGAUAGUUCACCUUCCAAUGGGUUGAAGCGUUCCACUUGGCACAGUUUUAGGUUCAACCGUAAAAAAGAGAAAAACCUACCGAAGGCAAAACAUGAUUAUACGUUAGGUGUAACCGUUGCAAGACCGUUAAAAAUCAAUAGUUCUAACCCUGAGGGAGAAAAAAGCUCUGAAGUAGAUCAAUCUCUUGUGUUUUCACCACCGCCAAACCAAGUAUUAUUAGAAACGGGGAGUCCUGGGGAGAAAAAAGCCGCGUUACUUGGACCAAGAAGUGAAACAGACAAAAGCAAAAAGUGUUUUGUAAUUGACUUGGAUGAAACCUUGGUGCAUAGUUCAUUUAAGGUAAUUGAACAUGCUGAUUUCAAGGUUGGAGUGGAAAUAGAUGGAGUCACACACCGUGUUUAUGUCUUGAAGCGGCCGCAUGUCGACCUCUUCUUGUCCACUAUGGCCGAUCUGUAUGAAUGCGUACUGUUUACUGCCAGUUUAGCUAAAUAUGCUGAUCCAGUUGCGGACUUCAUUGAUAAAUGGCAUGCUUUCCGAUUCCGGUUAUUUAGAGAAUCUUGUGUAUAUCACCGAGGCAAUUAUGUAAAAGAUCUUAGUCAUUUAGGUAGACCAAUUAAUCAAGUUGUUAUUUUGGAUAAUUCUCCAGCAUCCUAUAUGUUUCAUGCAAGUCAUGCAGUUCAAAUCUCAUCAUGGUUUGACGAUGCAAACGAUCGUGCUUUACUUGAUUUAAUUCCUUAUUUUGAAAAACUUGCUACACAACCUGAUGUUGUUGAUUUUUUAAAAAACAAUAUUCCUCCCACACCUUAUGCUGCUGUCGGUACAGUUGGUUUGCCUCCGGGAAAUUUCACACACACAACUUUCUCAGCUACCACUACAACUAGCGGCGGUAGCUGUGGUAAAUCCUCUGAUGCUAGUUCAAUAAUAUCAAAUAUAAGACGUCCAAAUGUUUCCUCUCCGCUGCCAAUAUCCAUUGAAGAUAAUCACGUGCAAGUUUCAAAAGAAUCACCUGCAACAUCGACUGUAUCAAUAUCUGUUGAAAAUAAAACACAUCACUUAACUAGUACAGACGGUAUUAAUGUAGUCACUAAAUCAAAUCCUACAUCAAUUAGUAGCUCUACACUGACUCCUGUAGUAAAAACUGAUGAAAAAUCAAGUUCUUCAGCUCCUUUAUCCCUAGCGUCUUAUGUCCCUGCCACUUCACUAUCGGCAAGUGUUUCGACAACAAAAACAAUACCCAUUAAUUCUGUUAAACCACUUGAAUCGGUUUUGAAUGUGUCCACAUCAAAUGAAAGUACACAACCUCAAACUUCUGUUUCUCUAGGAAUUUCAUCUUUACCUUCAACAAGUAAAUCGACUAACAUUCCAUCAAGAAAUUAUCCAGUUCAGAGUUUCUCCAUGGGGCAUAAAACUUCAUUAACUAUGUAUCAAAAGAAAUUGACCGCUUCAAAUAAACUAUUUGGUACUGUUUCAAAUUGUUUUAAACUUACUCCUCCUACUCAGGCAAUUGAAAAUCAUCAUUCUUCACCAACUAAACUGAUUACACCUACUUCAUUGACAAAUACCACAUCUACCUCCUCGAGUUCACUAACAACCGAUGUAACACAUUCAUUUCCUACUGGUUCAACACCAAAAAUUAAUCAUUUUAUUAAAAAUCAAUAAUGCUUCGUAUUCUUCGUUAAUCCUUGUGCCAAAAUAAUGAAUAUCAUCUGCUUUAUUGAUACGGUUAUUAUUAAUUUGAUACUAACGGUAACAAUAAUAAUAAUAGUUAUAG